AUGAUCUCAACUACAUUUGAAUGUUUACCUGUCGAUGUUCUUUUUGAAAUUUUUGCUUAUUUGUCUCCAGUUAACAUUGUUAAAUCAUUUUUACCAUUGAAUAAACAUUUUUCAAGAACGAUUAUUUGUGAGUAUUUAUGGCACAUAGAUAUUGCUGAUAAUUUAACGUCAUUAUCGAUAUUCAAUGAAUUGUGCCAAAAUGUGUUAAAAUUAAUAGGAGCUCGAAUCGUUUCAUUACGUCUAAGAUUAAGUAAUGUUAUUAAUGGAUGGUCACUUGUUUCAUCAUCUCUUCGAUUUCAUAAAUCAAGAUUACUUCGACAUCUUCACCUGAUUGGUAUUACAGCAGAUGAAUUUAAUAAAUUAUUGCAUAGUCAUUUAAUAAAAGAAUUAUAUACUUUAACGCUCGAUGAGGUAGACCCCGACCUCAAGGAUCAACCAGUGGAAGGAGCAUAUCUCGCUAAGGUAUGCGCACAAUUGACACAACUACGAACAUGUCGACUGCCAUUUAAUUUUUAUCCUAUAGAAAAUGGUCGUAUAGUAGAAUCAUCAUUGGUACUAGCAAGAAUGAUCCUACCAGAUAUUUCGAAUACAACUUUCCUUCAUACGCUAACAAUUGGUAUAAACACAAUAUGUUUUCUAGAAGGUUUAGUGAAAUGUAUACCUUUCAUUGUAAAUCUUUCUUUUGGUAUACAAGAUUCGAAUAUUUAUGAUGAAGAUGAGUGUAAUGUUAUAUCAUUGCCUCCUGCUAUUGAUUAUCGCCUUCUUGGUCGUCUAUCUCGUCUUAGUAUGAAUUGUCGGGAUAAAAGAAGUUUUUAUAGAUCUGUUUCACUUUUAUCAUCUGUAUUUAAUCAACUUAAUCAUUUCUCAUUAAUAUUAUAUGCUAGUACAUCAGUAUCUGAUCGAUGGAUUAUAUCAGGUGAUACGAUUCAAAAAUUAUGUAUUCAUCGUCUCAAACCAUCAUCAAUAUAUACUCUUAAUCUAUCAGUUACCGUUAAGAAUGAUUUGGAUGAAAAAAGAAUUUUUAACUCGUUUCUUAAAGUUCCGUUUGCUCUUAAAGAACGACCAAAGGUUAUUAUUAAAGAACGUAAUAAUUGGCUGAGUAAUUCGAAUAAUUAUCGUUGUAUAAUAUACACUAUACCAUUUAAUGAAAGAAGCCUUUCAACGAAUUUAUUAUCUAAAGAUCUAUCGAAAUGUUGUUCAAUGUCAAUAAAUGAAGUAGAUUUGUUUCCAUACGCUGAUGAAUUAUUUCUACAAGGUUAUUAUGAUAAAGAUUGUUUCUUUGAGUUGAACAAUUGUAAAAGUCCAAUAUCAUUAUUGGUUCCGUGGCCAUUAUUAACAAAAAUUUCAUUCGAUGAAGGUGUUGUUGUCAGCGUACAUGUCCUAGAAUUAAUAUUACGAAAGGCUUACAAUGUUCGCACGCUACAUAUUUAUUAUGGCAAUGAGAAUUUAUCCCGGUCAAUAUUACGUAACAUUGAUGGCGUGGGAACUCAUAUUAAUGAACAAAUUGAAUCAUUUAUUCUGGAUGAUUAUACAUUGACAUUACGUAAUGCUCACGAUUUUUGUACGGUACUUUUUAAUCGACUACCUAAUUUGAAAAAAAUUUCGUUUUCUCUCUAUGAUUCAAUCAAUGAAUGGGAUAGAAUACUGUCGCGGAUUGUUAAUGGUGAAAAUAAAGCUACAAAACGUAUUCGAGAAGUUAUCCAUUUUCUUGUUGAUCAUUUUAAACAACUUGUUUUUGUUGAGAUUAAUCUUUAUAAUUUGACUUUUUCUCAAACACAUUGUUUUUCUCAUCUAAUUCGACGACAAAUUCAUCAAUAUCCACUUAGUCGACCUUAUCGAUUUCAAUAUUCUGCUCCAAUGAUUCAAAUAUGGCUUUAG